CUUUAUCAUUCCAGGAUGCAAUUUUUAUCCCAUGGUGGCAUCUUCCAAGACUGGAUAUUUCCUCACGAUUGUUUGAAGUAUAUAUGGCCGGAAAUCACCCUCAAUAGGGCGAUCGAUCGUCAGGUCUGCAGCAUCACAUGCUGUAAGGCUGUUGAAGCACAUCUUGUCCCGUUAAGGGAAGCCCAAUGGUAUUCAACCAAUGGAAUGGAUCACGACCGAUCGGCAAUUCCCAGACUACCAAUCUACGGUGACUGUAUUGUUUUCCCCUUGCGGGAAGACGUGUGCAAAUGUUUCAACGGCGAGUGUUUUGCUAUCGUACCCAAAUUAACCCCGAUGGGUAUGCAAUAUGUGAUGAAUUUUCUCUCGACAAGCGCUGAGGAAAUCUGGCCGAAAUACCACGGCAGUGUUGCCCUCCAGCUCUCUGAAGAUUCAAGACCGAAUCUAUUUGCACGAUUUGCCUGGGCCACUUUUACCCGUGCAAACCCGUGGAUCGGCGUUGGCGAAUACCGUACGGUCUUUGGAAGAUAUCAGCAUCUAGCCACAAAGAGGCUGGGCUACGGAAGAUAUAAGAUCAAGGGCACUUGUGAAAACUUGCAAGAGAAUGGAGAGUCAAAGCAAAUGCACGAACGCAGCGAAUGAAGGAAAAUUAAGUUGUCAGAAAUGAAUUAGCUGAAAGAGAGGGCAUAGGAUAGACAAAAGAGCGUAGAUUAAGAAAAGAAAGCGAUUUAGGUAAAGGCGAU